UAUACAUUCGCGUGGUCCCGAGCCCGACUUCGUCCUAUCGUGAUCCUCAACCGAUAGUGUGUAUGGGACUACAGUGGUAUCUGCCAACGGAAUUCAGGAUGACCAAGAUACUAAUCGACAGGAACUGCCUCGCCGCACGAGUCUCCUCGCUGGCUGCACCACUCAUACCGCAGGCCAAGCAACAGGACCGGAGCAAUGCCUAACGAAAUACGAGACAUUCACACGGUCGACACUACUUCCUACCCGUACAUCUUCGAGCAGAACGUCAGUGUACCUCUGAGGUCCGGGCAAGGAUUGCUUCGAUGCAACAUCUACAGGCCGCAGUUGAGUGGCGACCUGGCCAAGCAUCCGGUGAUUGUCACUUACGGCCCGUACGGCAAGGAUAUACAUUAUGGGAUAUUUAACCCGAAGUCGUAUGCUGAGGUCAAUGUUGAGCAUCAUUCGCCACACUCCGCAUGGGAGACUCCUGAUCCCGGCUACUGGACUCGAAAUGGCUAUAUUGUCAUACGAGCAGACGAAAGAGGUCUUGGCCAAUCUCCGGGUCUCCUUGACACCAUGUCACGUGGGACAAGCGAGGCUUUCUUCGACUUAGUUGAGUGGGCGGCAGAACAGCCUUGGUCCUCGGGAAAGGUCGGGCUACUCGGGAUAAGCUACUACGGCGGAAGUCAAUGGCGUGUAGCUGCUCGUCAGCCUAAGGGACUUUGCGCUAUUGUUCCUUGGGAAGGUAUGUCAGACUAUUACAGAGAUCGAUGUAGGCAAGGUGGCAUUCUAUCGAAUGGCUUCAUCAAGUUUUGGUGGGACAGACAGGUUAUCACCAAUCAGUACGGACGAGCCGGAAGAGCAGCACGUAACUGGGGCCCCGACACGAUUGAAGGUGACCUGAACGAAGCUGAGCUGGAGGCCAAUCGAAGAGAUCAGACUUCUGACAAUGCAGCCUCACAAUACCGGGACCACGCAUACUAUGCCUCGAAGGAGUAUCACAUGGGAGAUAUCCAGGUACCGCUUUUGAGCGUCGCCAAUUGGGGAGGAAUCUGCCUCCACCUACGUGGAAACGUAGAGGGCUGGAGGUGGGCUGGUUCCGACCUGAAGUAUUUGCGCUUUAUCACAGGCAGGCACGAUCUACCGUUCUAUUACCCUCAAGAGGCAGAGCUUCAGCGGAGCUUCCUUGACGCCUUCCUCAAAGGCGAGGAUCGAGAAGGGUGGAGUGUGAAAGGCAGAGUACCGCCUGUGAGCGUUGUUCUGCGCAAGGGCGACAUCGGUUACAACAAUGCCGAAGCAGAAAAAUCGUACAACAGACGUGACGAAAACGAGUGGCCGAUUGCGAGAACGCAGUAUACCAAGUCUUAUCUGACACCGGAUAUGAGGCUCUCGGAGCAUCCGCUGGCCGGCCAGCCUUCCAAGCUGACUUACGACGCUCUCGGCUCCAUAGGCGAACCUCAUGCUCUUAGAUUCGAGUCUCAACCGUACGCAACCCAGACGGAAGUAACGGGCCACAUCGUCGCUCAUCUGAACGUGUCAGUCAGCCCCUCUCCAGCCCUUCCUACGGUUCCUAUGGACCUAGACGUCUUCCUAACUCUGCGGCACUUCUCACCGGAAGGCAAGGAGAUCUUCUAUACCGGCACUGCUGGUGAUCCGGUUCCAUUAACCAAAGGAUGGCUGCGACUCAGUCUAAGGAAGACAGAUCCAGAUCACUACAAGCACCGCCCGUGGCUACCCCAGCGGAACUACACCAGCUCCGACGUCCUGCCAGUCAUUCCGGGAGAAGUCUACGCUGUUGAUGUCGAGAUCUGGCCUACCAAUGUGGUGGUAGAGGAGGGAGGGAAACUGAUUUUAGAAGUGGCUUCUGGUGACACUCAAGGCUGUGGCGUUUUCGUCCAUGACAGCGCUGCGGACAGAGCUCCUGACAAGUUUGCUGGGUUGAAUCACAUCCAUUUUGGCGCUGGGAUGGACAACUACGUUACGCUGCCGAUCAUACCAUCUGAAGUGUAGAAGCAGGAUACGAGAGAAGGGCAAUAAUGAGAUGCAAUUCCGCAUAGUAUUACCACUCGCCUCCUAUUCUGUACUUGAAAAUGUUGGGAUUGAGCCGGCCUCCUGUCGCCACCCAAAGUCGGUUGGCUGCCUGCAUUGGACAACUUCGUUAGCGGCCAAUGGAACAAUCGCGGCAUCGCUACGAGCUUACUCACAACGUUCAUCUCCAG